GUUGAAAACCCAAUUUCCAGAGCUUUUUCAUUGCGCUUUUACAAUUUGUCCAAUUUCUCCAUCAUGGCCCCUUCUGCAAACGAAGUCUCGUCUCCUCUGCCUUCGACAUCGAAGAUGCAGCUUUCUUCCGAGAAUGGAAUCUCCGACAAGCUUAUCCACGUCAAGUUUGCGAAUCCUAAGCUCCAUGACUGGGUCUUGAAGACUUUCAGAUGUUUGAUAGCAGACCUGUGCGAGCAGUUCAGAGGUGGCCAUCCAGGAAGCGCUAUGGGCAUGGCAGCAAUCGGUGUAGCUUUGUGGAAGUAUGUGAUGGAGUAUACACCAGAGAAUCCAGAUUUUUUUAAUCGAGAUAGAUUCGUUCUUUCUAAUGGCCACACAUGUCUUUUUCAAUACACCUUCUUACAUCUUGUCGGGUACAAGAACAUGACUUUCGAACAACUCAAGUCUUACCAUUCUACGAGAACAGACUCCAUCUGCCCUGGGCAUCCCGAAAUCGAGCACGAGGGAAUCGAGGUUACGACGGGACCUUUGGGCCAAGGAAUUGCCAAUGCAGUGGGAUUAGCAAUGGCGACCAAACACCUUGCAGCUACAUACAACAGGCCAAAUUACCCAGUCGUGAACAACAUGACUUGGUGCAUGAUUGGAGAUGCGUGCUUGCAGGAAGGAAUUGCUCUGGAAGCUAUAUCGUUGGCCGGCCACUGGAAGCUCAACAAUUUGGUAGUUAUUUACGAUAACAAUCAGAUCACCUGCGAUGGUUCUGUGGAUCUUUGCAAUAACGAAGAUGUCAAUGCCAAGAUGGUAGCCUCUGGAUGGAGUGUUAUCGAUGUGCAAGACGGCAAUUGGGAUAUUGAAGGUAUUGUGCGAGCACUCAUCGCAGCACGGAAUAACAAGGACAAGCCAACAUUCAUCAACAUUCGGACCGUUAUUGGUUUUGGGAGCAAGGCCGCAGGCAAUGCGACAACACAUGGAGCAGCCCUUGGAACAGAAGAUAUUGCGAGUAUUAAGCGAAGUUUUGGCAUGGAUGAAUCGAAGCAUUUCCAAGUAUCAGACGAAGUCUAUGACUUCUUCCGGGAUUCUAAGACCAGGGGGAGAAAAGUGGAAUCCGAGUGGAACACUCUGCUAAAAUCAUAUGAGACUGCUCACCCCGAGUUAUUUCGAGAAUUCGCUCUUCGCAUGGCUGGAAAGUUGACCGACGACUGGACGAAAUUCAUUCCCGCGAAAACAGACUUUCCAACUAGCCCGACGCCCUCAAGGAAAUCCUCGGGUCUGGUCUGCAAUCCCCUGGCACAGAACAUCAAGAACUUCAUGGUCGGAACUGCUGAUCUCUCCCCAUCCGUGAACAUGAUCUGGAAAGGAAAGGUGGAUUUCCAGCAUCCAGACCUGAAAACUUCUUGCGGCAUCAAUGGAGCUUACACCGGGAGGUAUAUCCAUUGGGGCAUUCGCGAACAUGCAAUGGCGUCGAUAUCCAACGGUCUCGCAGCAUUCAACAAAGGAACGAUCGUUCCUGUCACCUCGUCAUUCUUCAUGUUCUACAUCUACGCCGCACCAGGAAUCAGAAUGGGUGCUCUUCAAGGACUACAACAAAUUCACAUCGCAACGCACGAUUCAAUCGGCACAGGAGAAGAUGGUCCAACCCAUCAGCCCAUUGCGUUAGCAAAUUUCUAUCGUGCCAUGCCCAAUAUCCUGUACAUUCGGCCUGCCGAUAGCGAAGAAACAGCCGGUGCAUACAUUGCUGCACUGAAUGCGACCAAUACACCUAGCAUUAUAUCUCUUUCUCGUCAAGCGCUUGAACAAUAUCCUCAAUACUCAUCGCGUGGAGGUGUUCAGAAAGGCGCCUACGUUUUCAUCGAGCAGGAAGAUGCAGAUGUGACUCUGAUUGGCGUUGGUGCAGAAAUGGUGUUCACAGUCAAGACCGCGAAACUUCUCGAGGAGAAGUUUGGCUUGAAAGUUCGCGUCGCCAGUUUCCCAUGCCAAAGACUAUUUGAUAAACAGCCAUUGGAAUACAAGCGCCAGGUUCUACAGUACAGAAGUAAGGCACCCCGAGUGGUUAUUGAAGCGUAUGCUGUUAAUGGGUGGGAGAGAUAUGCUGAUGCGGGGUAUUCAAUGUCCACAUUUGGACAAUCCCUACCUGGAGCAGAGGCGUACAAGUACUUCGGAUUUGACGAACGUGUGAUAGCACCUAAAGUAUUGGAACUGGUUGAGGAUGUGAGAAGGAAUGGCAUGGAGAGUUUGCAUGGGGAGUUUCGAGAUUUGAAUGUAACGAGUCAUUGAGUUUUUAAUGUGUUGCCUCUAGUUCUCCUAUAUGAAUUGUAGUAAUAAGAUGAUUUACUAUA